AUGGAAGGAGACCAGUCAGAACCUGAGCAGCCUCUGCGAGUUGGCGUCACAAGCUUUUCUCACCCGCUCGAUCUACAUCGAGACCAGCCGUACGUGACAGUACGUCCGAACGGGAAAAAGAGGAUCACAGAGUUGAUGUCGCGGUGCCCAACGAGACCCGGACUGCGCGCGACAGAUGCUCAGAAAAGGGACUUUCAGAGGGGGAAGUACGCAGGAUAG